ACGUGUUGUAUACUUUUAGUUGACAUAUUUGUAUACUUUUAGUUGUGUUGUUUUUACUUAUACAUGCUUUAAUUUUAUUUAUUCACUAGGGUUAUACAAACCUAUCGAACUCAAACAGGAAACAUGGUUUCAAAGUCUAAGUCAAACAAUAUCAAGUGGACAACAAUUAAGUGCCCAAGACAACCCAACGACAAUGAUUGUGGGUAUUACGUGUGUCAAUAUAUGAAGGAAAUUAUUACAUAUUAUGAAGGAGGAAAAAUUCCAACUGAUUUUCAGGUCAGCCUCCAUGCCUUCAGUGACGGUGUUGGUUCAUCCACCAUACGUCUCCAAGGGAAAAUCGGCAACAAUCAUGUUUCUAUUCUCGUUGACGGUGGUAGUGACCACAAUUUUGUUCAAGAUCGGGUAGUCAAAUUCCUAGAUCUCCCUUCAAUCCCUUACAACCCCCUGACCGUUAUGGUUGAUAGCACGUGCAAUGACAUAUGACUUGACACUGACAUGUGGUACUGUUAGCUUAAUACAUGACAACUUUUUUUUUUACUUUUAAAAAAAGACCACAAACUGACAUGUGAUACUUUUUUAACGGUGUUAGUAUGAAGGAACUAAUGAUAAUGACCUAAUCGCUUCAAUUUUUCA